AUGGCUUCUACAUCGAUAGCAGACAAAUUGAGAGCAUUGAAAGAACCAAUUAUCUCAGCAGAAGAUUUACGUCAAGGAGCAAUACAGUUCAAACACUGUUUUCUGGGAAAAGUUUAUUCAGAUAAAGCCUUCUCAGUUAGUGACUUGGACAAAGAGCUGAAGAUUCUGUGGCCGAAAAGUAAAGAUAUUUACAUAAAAAAAGAAGAAGAUGAAUCUUUUCUAGUAAAGUUCCAAACACAAGAUGAAUAUGAUGUCGUUCUAAAGUUAAGGCCCUGGUUUCUAGAUGGAGAUUUGUUUGUUCUUGUUCCAUGGAAUCCUGAAAUACCAAAAAGUCUAGUGGAUCUGACAAAGCAGCUAUUCUGGUUAAGGCUUUAUAACAUGCAGCCGGGUUUUGCAACUGUUAACAUUGUGUAUAGUUUAUCUACAGUAAUGGGAGAAGUAAAAGAAUUGGACCCGCCUGAUUGUGUUCUUCCUAAAGGAAAGAUACAAAGAGUCUCAGUUGUGAUUGAUGUUCGUAAUCCACUUCCUAGAGGUUUUUGGGUGACGAAUGCUGCUGGUGAGGAAGUGUGGAUUAGGUUGUAUUAUGAAAAACAACCUUUUAAUCUCUGUAAUUUUUGUUACACCAUAGAUCAUAAUGAAGCAGACUGUUCUACAAUUGCGGCAGAUCUUCUUCAACAACAGAGGGGUCAUUUUUCCUCUACUUCUAUCUAUGAUCCUCCAUCAUGGACAAACCCAGAUGUGAGAAAGACUAAAGCUGCAAAACAACGAGCACUGGAGGCUAAUCAAAAGGCUAAAGGGAUAAAUAAUGAGGACCAAAGUACAAAUUUGGAUCAGCAUAUUGUGGUGACUGAAUCUGAUUGCAUGCAUGGAAUCCAGCAGAAUCCAGUUCAUUUUAUUAUGGAAGUUUCAAAGGACUCAGUAAAUCUGAAAGAACAACAUAAAGACAAAAUGGUCAGAGACAUUCCUCUCUCGUCUAUUCCCUCUGAGACUGAAGAUGGAGGUAAUGCUCAAGGUAUGUUACAGACACAUGCAUUAGAAAAUUUACAUGAUUCAGUGGUCCAAAGACAUGAAAAAAAAAUCAGAAUUGAAGAAGGUGGUCCUAGUAAUUUCAAUGUCAUGCAGCAUAAUAAUGCUAAUAAUCUAUAA